CCUGCUUAUCUGUGAAAUGCAGCUAACGCACCAGCUGGACCUGUUUCCCGAAUGCAGGGUGACCCUUUUGUUGUUUAAAGAUGUAAAAAAUGCUGGAGACCUGAGAAAAAAGGCCAUGGAAGGCACCAUUGAUGGUUCACUGAUAAAUCCUACAGUGAUUGUCGAUCCGUUUCAGAUACUUGUGGCAGCAAACAAAGCCGUUCACCUCCACAAACUGGGAAAAAUGAAGACAAGAACACUGUCUACAUAAAUUAUUUUCAACCUUUCCCCAAACAACAAUAUUUCAGAAGCUUUGAAAAAAUUUGGUAUCUCAGGAAAUGAUACUUCAAUUCUAAUUGUUUACGUUGAAGAGGGAGAAAAGCAAAUAAAUCAAGAACAUCUAAUAUCUCAAGUAGAAGGGCAGCAGGUUUCUCUGGAAAAGCUUCCUGAAAUAACAAAUAUUACAGAAGUCAAAAAGAUAUAUAAACUGUCCUCACAAGAAGAAAGUAUUGGGACAUUAUUAGAUGGUAUCAUUUGUAGAAUGUCAACAAAAGAUGUUUUGUGAAAUGUCAGAAAUAUCAACAGAAAUUUUCAGCAUUAAA